UGUGAGAAAUGCGAUUUGCGGUCAUCGUACUGUAAGGAUAGAGGCGACGGUGCUAUAAGUUGUGAAUGCCGUUCCGGCUUUACGGCAGACUCACACGGCAAUUGCAUGAAUUUGUUUUUAAGGAUUCUAACCGAAUUGCUGAAGAAUUACGACCGCAAUAUGGUGCCCACAAUGAAAGGAGUUGACGUUGACUUGGAGUUACUCAUCCAACGGAUCUCGGAGAUAUCCGAAAUUCACAGCAGCUCGAAGAUGGAUAUUCUUUUCUCACAAAUUUGGCAUGAUCCAGGACUGGCUUUUCAGCACGAAGAUGGUGCACAGUGCCUUACAAAUCUAUCUCUGUCUCAUCGUAUGGUGGAGCACAUUUGGAUCGUGGUGGAAUCACCUUGUGAUAUGGACUUCACAUUCUUUCCGAUGGACCGUGUCGAAUGUACGACUGUUUUUGAGAGUUAUUCGUUCAAUGUGGGUAAGGUUCGGUUGCACUGGAAACGUCACGGACUUCCGGUGGAAAUCAUAGGUGAUACGAACCUGCCGGAUUUUCAUAUGACACAUUUCAUCCACGAAAAGGCGACAUUUGAAUAUCCGGCAGGAGUUUGGGAUCAGCUGAAUAUAAAAAUAUAUUUUCGUCGUUCGUACGGUUUCUACAUUCUUCAAAUUUACCUUCCAACCUAUUGUAUGGUGCUAAUCUCGUGGAUCUCAUUCUGGUUGGAUCGAAGAUCUUUGCCAGCACGAGUCACUCUUGGCGUUUCCUCACUUAUGGCUCUUACGCUACAGUAUUCGAAUGUUGCUCGUUCUCUUCCCAAGGUGUCUUAUGUGAAAGGAUUGGAUUUAUUCAUGUUCGGAUGUGUUGGAUAUAUAUUUUUGUCAAUCGUUGAAUUGGCUAUCGUUGGAAUGUUGGAAAAGAACACUGUUACGGAUGAGGACGGCGAUGAGCUGCUCAGUGAAGAGGAUUUUGAUAAACGACGAAACUUCAGCGAGAGAACCUUCGUUGAAAAGGCACGAAGACGUGAGGUGAGUGAGCAGCACACUUUAUUCGUAAUAUCAGUUGAGAUGGACUUUCAGCUGAGGUUAUCCUACCAUGAGCGUACACCACCUGAUCGACCAAGUCCUGUGCUAAGUGGUAACCCAUGGAUAAGGGAUGCCACUUUUUACGAAUGCCAUCAGCCGAAACCACCGCAGUCGAAUAAUAAUCCCGAGAUGGAAUAUUCUCGACAGAAUGGUGAUUCAAGUCAUCUGCUAAUGCGUAUCCGAUCGUCGAGGUUGGGACGGAGGCAGGCAAGAGGGGCACGGCGAAAGAAACUGUUCCAUAAAUGGGGUGGUGAGGAUAUGGACAGGUUCUGUCAAAAACUUUUCCCGAUAUCGUUUGCGAUAUGUAAUAUCGUUUAUUGGACUUAUUAUACGGCAAAAGGAAAAGACUGA